AGCACGCAUGCGCGCGGGUGUGUCACACCGUAAGAGCGCAGCGACGCACAAUUUAGCCAGUUACAGGGAGGCCUAGCGUGGAGAGAUUUGGGCUGUAAUCAGAACUGGAACAGAAUGGCGGACCCAGAGCUGGAGGCUAUUCGCAAGCAGCGCAUGUCAGAGCUGCAGAGCAAACAUGGGGAAGCUGGAAAUGAUCAGUCUCAACAGGAAGCCAAGCAAAGAGAGGACGACAUGAGAAAUAAUAUUUUAGCUCAAGUUCUCAGCCAGGCAGCACGGGCCAGGUUGAAUAAUCUGGCACUUGUUAAACCAGAGAAAGCCAAAGCUGUUGAGAAUUAUCUUAUACAAAUGGCAAGAUUUGGACAACUUGGUGGCAAAUUAUCAGAAGAAGGAUUAAUAGAAAUUUUGGAAAAAGUGAGUCGGCAGACAGAAAAGAAGACUACAGUAAAGUUCAACAGAAGAAAAGUGAUGGAUUCAGAUGAAGACGACGACUAGUGAAUGAGAUGUAAAACACGAGGCCUUUGAUGUGAUUGAGCUUUCGAGCACUGCAUGCAUUUUCAGACAGGCAUUGAAAUCCUUUCAUUUGAAAAAGACGUUACCUUUUCUAAAUUAAACUUUUUUGGUAAGAAAACAACCAGAAAGCAAGUGGAACCCUUUUUCAGAAAAAAAUUUAUGGCUUGCACAUAUUGUAUGCUAUACAUAGUUUUGUUUUUUUUUUUCUUGGAAGGCCCUUGUGUAAGGUUAUCAUACCAGUUAAAUUAUUUAAACUGCAUACAUCAUUUUCACUCAUCAACUUUUUUUUGUUCUGAAAUUUCAAGAACUAUUUUAGAUUUGUUUUUCCAAGAUCGUGUGAAUGUGAUUAACAUUUGACACCAUAUUUUAGACUGUAGAAGGAUUAUGUGCCAUUACAUGCUACAAUAAAGGUUACAUUUUGUCAUUUA